CUUGUCGCUUCCGGUUUUGUGAAGAUGGCGGCAAACACAUUUGUCAACAACUUCCAAGUAGAAACUGUAAUUAAUCGUUGGGUGGUGGACUAUUAUACGUUUCGAGCACUGGAGUUCUUUCAAAAUGAGCAAGACAAAGACUUCAAUAGGAUUAUAAGUAUACUGGAGCGUGUCUUGGACUGCGAUCGUUUGGAGAACACUGAUAACAUUGCACCGAAGUUUCUAGUACUGCAGUUUCUCUGCCGGAUACAUGAGGGUGAGAGAUUAGACCAGACAUUUGAGCCUGACCCUGAGCAGUCUGAAACACCUCUGGAAUCAGCAUUAAGGGUGCUAGAAAUAAUGAGCAAGGAUAGCAGUCUUCCAAAGCAGGAUUUUGAGAAUGUAUCUGCCUCAAUUAAAGAUAUGAUGGUGAAGGUUUUAAUCAAGAACAGUGAAUUUGAAAGAGCAAAAGAGGUGCUUAAGAAACACUUCCCCAAAUCCAUGGUUGGCAAGAAAGCCAUAUUAAUGGGACUCAUCAGCCAGAAGAAUAAAAUGCAUGAAGUCAUCAAGCAGAUUGACUUCCACAGGUUCAAGCAGGAGAUGUUCGCCUUUUGCCAGACGCUCUGCCCAUUCAAUAACCCCUUUCUCUACAAUGCUGCAAAAUAUGCUAUUGAUAAGAGACUUGCAGAGCAAGGUGAUGAAGCUGUGGGACCCGGACCUCACGAACUGGAUGAAACUGGCCAGUCCUCUAAUCCGCAAAUGAACACCGUCCCGGUUAUACAGCGUAAUCCUGCAGUUAUCUCUAGACCCAGACUGAAGGCAGUCUACGAGGCCUUGGCUCUAUAUUUAAAUGAGAGAUCAUUUGCUCAGUUGGUGGAAGAAGUGGAGAGAGAGGUGGAGGAAGAAAAUGGUUCUUCCCUGCGUCUUUCACCUGCUCCUAAGAAGGGCACCAAUGGUGACCAUUUCAGGGAUAAAGGGCUAUUUCAGAGAGACCCUGGCAGCCCCAUGGAGGCUUCCCCAGCAGACCAGCCACCACAAACAGUUGCUGUUACUCAAGCACAGGCAGAUAAACUCUCUAAGAAACCCUCCAUGUGGAAGGAAAGUGGGCCUUACACCAUAGACCGUCUGGUGUGCGGGCCAGACAGCCAGUUGAGCACAACAGCUACUCAGAACCUGCAGAUGGAAGUCAGAACAGAAGAACCAGCACAGUCACCAGCUAAAUCCAACCAAAAAGACGCACAGUGCCCACUAACGGACCAUGAGGUUACCAGAUCCACACAGGACCUUCCCAAACGAACCAGCAAAAACUCCUGCAGAGCCUCCAUCACAAUCAUAGAGUCAUCAGACAGUGAGAAGGAAGCACACAGGUCCAGCUCCUCUUUCAAAAUCCCAGUGCAGAACCCUUGUAACAAGCAAGCCAUCGUUCUCCUCCACAAGGUUUCAGGUACUACAAACAACAUCACAGAUUCUUCAUCAGACAGCGAGUCCACUCUGCAUUUUUCUGACCCUGUCCCUCACACGAGCUCCACGCCUCACAAGGACCUUACUCGAGACAAAGGUCGUCCCCUUUCCAAAUGGCGAAAACUAUGGAAUGAAGCAAAGGAGAGUAAGGAAACCUGGAGCGACGAUGAGUUAUCGGUCACCUCCAGAGAGAACAGAUCGAACGAGAGCACCAUUUCAAACUCGGGCCACAGGAGGAGGAAAUGGACUGCGACAGAAACACAGAAGUUGAAAGAUGGGGUGAACAGAUUUGGAGAAGGCAACUGGAGUAAGAUCAAGUCUUAUUACAACUUCAAAGAUCGAACCAACAUCAACCUGAAGGACAGAUGGAGAACAUUAAAGAAUUCUAAAUUAGUCUGAGAGUUUCAAGAGAACACUAUACUAUGGAGAGUUUUCCCACGUUCACGUUUAUUUAGUUCUUAAAUGUAUUGUAUUAUUUUCUAAAGUGGGUUAUUUUUGUUGGUGUAUCACUAAUAGUCUUUAAUUUAAUCAUGUUUAAAGGUGUUUCAUCCAGUAAAUGUUCAGA